AUGGUAAGAUUCGCCGAUCGUUUGAUGCCCGUCUAUCUGCAACACGAGGACAAUCAAACAUUUGUCACAGUUGAGGAGUCUGCAUGCAACUGGUUUGGUGUGGUGAGCUGGGGGGAUGGUACAACCUCUAUGGCACGGGAGGCAUUGCAAAGAGAUGCAAAAGAGAGAAACAACAGAAUUCUUAACAACGUCAUUCACACUGUUGAUGUUCUAGCGGAACCCGAGGAACACGCUCUUGAUAUCUCCAAGAAAGAGAACACGGAACUCCAGGUGAGAGCAUAUUUCAAGAUGUCCAUAAAACAUGGAAGAGUUAGCUCAGACGUUAGAAGUGCCAUGUCUCGCGCCGUUCUGAUGCCGGUAGGACCUGCUUCAAAAACUUUCAGUCCCCGACUAAACAGUUAUUAA